CGCUUCUUCUCACCGAUGACGCGGUCGGCCGACGAUGAAAGCUUGCCGCGGCUGGCGCUACCGCCACCGACGCAGCCGUCUCAGCUGUUUGAGCGCUCGUCCAAGCGCUGGCGAGACCCCACCAGUCUCAGCGCGCGAGAACGGGAGAAGCCUAGUCUCGUCAUGUUUCGCACGAAACCCAGUGUGUUUUCGCCCGUCGACGCCACCCACCACGAGAUGCUCGGCCACGUCGUCGCUGCUUUUGACGCCGACACGGCGCACACGUGUCUUCGACCGGUCGACAAGUUAUACUGGUACUUCGGCGUCCUGCAGCAGCUUGCGCAGGCCGACUCACCCGUACGCACCGUCUUGCAACACAUUCACGACAUUUUAUGCGCUGCGAUUUACACGACCGACACGCCGACGCGGGGCUUUGAGUUUUGCCACUUGCUGCGUCAAGUGAACAACGAGCCGCUCGAGACGGAGCUCGCCAACGUCACCAUCGAGCUCAAGCAAGCGAAGGCACAACAUGUCUACAAAAAGCAGCGUGCUCGCGACCUCCAAGCCGAGAUUGGCCGCGCCAAGACGCACCAAGCGGAGCUCCAGGGUCAGUUGGCUAAUGUGAAGCGAGCCGUGACGGCUGAAGACAACCUUUACGAGCAGCUGCUGAACGACGAAGCGGCGAUCGACGCCCGGAUCGCGGCUGCGCGCACCAACUACGACGAGGCCAAGUCGAUUUCAGUAGAGCUUACAACGAAGUCCUCGGUCGUGCAGGAUGAGUGUCAAUCGACGCUCAAGUCGUUGCACGAGCAAACGCUCAAGGACAAGCUCGACCAAGCGAUGCUGGCGUCCGUGCACAGUCUCAAAACAGAAUAUGCCCACUUGCUCGAGACGAGCCGUUCGAUUGAGUACAAGGUGGCGGAACUUAAAGCGCAGCUCGUCGCAGACCACGCCACCAUCGACAACAUCCAAGAAAGUCUGCGUCUCGCUGAGAUCGAAAAAGCUGAGCUCGCCGAAGGCACGCUCGACCUUCAGCGAAGCCACUCGCCGCGCCCAAGCUGGGAAAACGUGUUUCACUUUCUUCCCGAAGUGGCCUACGUCGACCCAAAGAACCACACGGCGUGGAGCACCAAGACACUCAUUCUCUCCAACAAGAACGGCCUCGUCGGUCGUAGCCAGCGCUUCGUUAACGAAAUGUGUCAUUGGCUUCAGCGUAUUCAAGGCGACUGCGGCAUAAGCUUGGAGCUCGCGCGCCUAACAAACCAAACUGAGGACGCGCGCCUGGAGCUCAACUCACUCCAGAAUCACAUGGAGCUCCUAAUGCGCAAGGAGAAGAAAAAGAAGAAGCAGCCGUCGAGCCCCGGGUCGCCCGCUUCGAAGAAAAGCCACGCAAAAGCCAACUUUGUUGCGGCAGUGCACACCGUAUCGGCUGUUCGGCGCGCGAGCUUGUCUGACGCGGCAAUCGACCCGCCAGCAAAAGAGUACAUUCUGGCGCUCGGAAGCACCCCAGAGGUGCCCCAAUUCCUACGACACACGGGCAAGGUCCGCAAUCGGCACAUGGCCAAAACUGAGCUCGAGCGCAUCAUUCGAACCGUUUGGACGGGAAAGCGCGUCAAGGAAGCGCAUAUGGGCAACCGCAUUGCUCUCGACGACUACCUCUACGAGGUGCUGAAGUCCAAGUUUGGGAUCCAAACCAUAGUCGCCGAGUGGGGCUACAAUAUCCUUCACAGCCUAAAGCUCUACUCGUGGGACAGCGAAGUCGAUCUCUUUCUCCUCUCGCUCACGGGCGCGGUCUCGGAAGUGAUCUACGAGGAUCAAGAGGCCAUGCUCAGUGCGUGUCGACUUGUGCUCCUGCGCCUCAACGAGUCGUACUUGGACGCCACGUGGAAGACCGAGCCGAAGCGACUCUUUCUCAAGGACGCGCUCCUGACUUUGCACAACUUUUUCCCUCUCAAGACACCGCUGCAGCUCAAGUCGAUUGAAAAGGCACUCAUCUUUGAGCGACUGCGCCCCAAAGACAAGGUGCACAUGGCGUCUGACGAAGCAAUGGUGCUGCUCGACGACCUCUUACCGACCAAGCCCAAGCCCAAGCGUGGGUACUUUCUCAAGACGCUACGCACGCAGCACUUUAAGGAGAUCCAAGACUACCUCGCGCUUCUCGAACGAAAACUCCACGAAGCUGACACCCACAAUACGGGGCGGGUCGAGAUUGAGCGUAUCAAGCGGGCGAUGCAAGCGCUGGACCCGAGCGUUUCGAACGAGUGGACCGGCGAAUGCAUCUUGCGGGGCAUCCCAAAGCGUCUCGUGGGCCACGUCGACUUGUCAAGUGUUGUCGAGUACCGCUGCUUUCUCAAGAAAAUGAACCAAGGACUCAUGAAGCACAGCCAAAACUUUUGCCCCAACGCCGACAUUGUUUCGUUUCACUCGGGACCCCGGCACUGCGCUUUCAAUGGCUUAUCCGCCAUCUACCCGUCGCCACAAGACACGACAUUCCAGUGCGUCAUCGUCAUGCAACACGACGGAGGCGGCAACGCUGCGAUGCGGACGCUCCUUACGGCCAGCAGCUUGCCGCAGGCCAAUGGCAUGUUCUCGACCACGAAUGCUACCUACGGACAGCGCCAAGUCGCGCCGCCAGUUGAGCCAGCGCCUCGAGCGUGGCCGCUCGCCGUGCACAACGACCCCGACAUCGAGCAGCUGGACGCCGACGGGAUGUACAUCGUGUGCCGCAUCUGCUCGGAGCUGGACAAGGCGCGCAAUGGAUCCCGGAUCGUCCGAAUGAAUGCUCCGUUUCGCGUCGCCGCGUGGGAGCGUCACAAGGCCCGCAACUCGGCACACAAGCAGUCCGAGAGUGCGACGGAGCCAACUCCAUACGCCGACCUCAUGGCGUCGUACCCCGAUAUCGUACCGCAAGGCGUCGCGCCAAAGCCGCGAAUGAUUGCUCCAAGCUCGGCACCGCGAGCGCAGUCACAAGCUCAGCAUUCGACGUACACCAACAAUGGACACCACCAAGCACAGUUGCAGCCCGUGCUCAACAUGCAAGCCGCCAAUUUCAUGCCGCAGGGCUACGCUCCACAAAUGCCGCAACAAAUGCAGCAACAAAUGCAGCAACAACACCUCGCACCACAGCCACAUCAAGCGAUGCCGCCACAGACGCUUGUACAGCAGCCGAGCGCUGACGCAACGACGCACAUGCACCCCAUCGUGCCCAUCAAGCGGCCUCUACCGCCACCGUCCGAGCCGUCCUCGCGCAAGAAGAAGAAAGAGAAGCCAAUCGCGGGGUGCAUGGGACGCGAAAUGGUUGGGUCUUGUCCCGGCGCGAUUCCGUUCGAGAAGUGCCAGACCGUACAGGCGCACUUGAAGGCGUUCCAGCGCUUCAUCAUUCCCGCGCCAACAUUUGGCAUUUACUACAACGAAGAGACACAAUGGUACCAAGUGUACUCGCGCGCGUGCGCCCGAGAACCGAUGCUGAACCGGCGCCCUAGCCGCGGCCAAGCGUGCGAAGCCUGCUAUCAACUCUACUCGGACCGCCAGCGACUCAUGUGGAAACGCAUUACGAACAUGGAAGGCUUGCUUGGCGCGAUCGAGACCAUCAAAGCGACAAGCCACGCAGAAAUGGAUACCAGCGUGCUCGUACGUUUUCUCCAAGGCAAGGCGUGUCUGUACACGGCCGAGGGCCUCCAAGUGCGUCAGACGUCCAAGAAAGCUCUCGAGUACCUCACGGAGCGGCGACGACUUCUCGAAGACCUCGAGUUUCGAACGUCGGGCACCCAGCUUAUUUGAUUUCAUUCAAAGUAGUAUUGAAUCCAUUUAGAGAUGUG